AUGUCCUUAUCCGAUAUUCAGGUUGAGGAGCUGCUGAUCUCCGCAGAGCAGCACCUGAACGAUCAGCCCCUGAGGAAGUCUACCAUUAUUGAAGGCCCUUCGGUUGUUGCGAACAGAUCCGUCGUGCGCUCGCCUGAGGUUCAUCUCAAGGCGCUCCCGGCCCUCGCAACCAACACUGCCGACAAUGCGGGUCCCGCAUGGUUCGGGCUGCCCAAAGCCAAGAUGACGCCAGAGUUGAAACGAGACCUUCAGGUGUUGCGACUGCGCGGGGCCUUGAAUCCCAAAAUACACUACAAGAAAUCGGGCACGAAAUCACUUGUCCCUCGAUAUUGCCAUGUUGGGGAGAUUGUGGAGGGACCGACAGACUUUAUUCUAGCCGGCUAA